AUGCCUCAGAGAUCGUACGUUGUCUGCUGCAACAAAGCGUGCAACAGCUGGCUUUGGACUGAUCGCUGCAGCAAACACACUCACUGCAGUCAGUGCAACACCUUGUGGGCUAAGUCGUUAGCAGCGUCUGGGCAAACUGGCCCACUGGAGGGUCAGUGGCCCAGGUGGGAAAGCGCACGCUGGAAGGCGCCAAAGGUUAGGAAGUCAAAAGUCCAGCCGCCGCCAGGCUUGGAUACAAGCGCAUUGUGGCCAGCAGACGUCCUUGAAGCUUUGAAGGUGCAUUGGGGUUCUUUUGAUAGCAAGUUGCAGGCCACUCUGAAAUCGCAUGGCAUCCACUGCAGCCCAGUGACGACAAGUGAGCCUGAUCUGAAAGAAGCCUGCAGGCAGCACCUGUCAUCGUUGCCAGAGAGCAUCCAAAAGCUCUUGCAAGAGCCCAAGCAAGAGCCUACGUACGGGCAGGCGGUGUCAGACCUAAACCGGCGCUUCAAGGCUGAGACCAACUCCUUGAGGGACCUUGUGCAGCAAUCAGUGUCGCUGCAGGCCCGCAUUGAUAAAGCAAAGCAGACGUACGAGGAGCUCUUGCGUGGCAUGCAGACCCUCACAGAGCAGUUGAGUGCUAAGCAAGCCGAAGUGGAGGAUCUGCAAAAGCAGCUGCAAGCCAAGCUGGGCGAAUUUGACAGCAAGGUGGAGCCUCCAGUGGAAGACUUAAAACACUUCGAGGCGUUUUUUGAAGCUAUGUCUAGAGCGGGUGUGCAGCUUGACGCAGAAGCUGAGUAG